AAUAAAUACCUUAUUUGCGAACAUCUCGAAAAUUAUGUUGUGUGUCGUGCCUGGCUGCAGUGCAUCGAAUCAAGAGUAUUUGGUUGAGUUUCCUCAUAACCAAAAGUUGUCGGACCGAUGGAAGCAAGCUAUCGAGCUCGGUACCGGCUGCCGGCUGUCACCGAAUGCUGGUUCCACCCUUCAGAACCAACAGUUAUGCUUGGCUCAUUUUUCCGGCGACGAUCAUCCUGGUUCAAUUAGUUAUCAAGAACCCAGCAACUUCAAAAAUUUAAAUGGAGAACUCGUCCAAGUGUCCAGUUGUCGGCUCUGCUUAAAAUUUGACUUUCGCUCAAAAAUGUAUCCAAAGGGCGGCAAAAUGGAACACGUUUCCUUGAGCAGUACCAUUCGAGCAGUUAUGAAAAUUUCCCUAGCUCCGGAUGAUUUUCUUACCGAUAUAUGUGACUGUUGUUUAAUUAAGGUAGACGUUUUAAAAAGUUGGGCUAGGGAAACGUUGCAGCAAGAGAUGGAUUUCCGAGAAAUAAUGAACCUGGCACGGAGCGAACUUUCACAAGCUGACGUAUCAAUCAAAGUAGAAACAGUCUUACUGGAAGCAAAAGAAGAACCAAUAGAUCGUGGAUCAUCACCUAACGAAGAGCCAGCAACCUUGAUGAUUCCCUCAACAUCUGAACAAGACGAUAAAGAAUCGGAAAAAAUUGUCGAAAAACCAGAGGCGUCCACAGCAGAUGCUAUAAAAAUAUCCUCAGAUGAAGAUGAUCAACCUCUUGCAAGAUUGGCUAGAAAACGUAAAAAUGUAUCAACAAGACGAAGAAAACAAAUCUUUCCCGUGGAAAGAAAAAAGCGAGGACGAAAACCGAAACUGGAAACUGUAAAGAAAAGCAAAGAGAAACGUCCUCGUAAGACUUCUUCCCCUAAGCCAGCUCGCCAGGAAUAUCUUCGCCAUAUUCUGGCUAAAAAGUGCUAUAUUUGUAACGUUUCUCUAGAGGAUACAGACGAGUUGAUUGCCCACUUGACUUCGACACAUGCUGGGAAAAUAGAUUACAAGUGCGACGAUUGCAACAAGACGUUCGGUAAAGUAACGAUCUAUAAUCGUCAUCUUAGCUGUCAUGAUAUUACCAUACGACCGCGAAAGUGCCAGUUCUGUUCUCUGUGUUUCAGUGCUAAAGAAAGCCUAAAAGUACAUGAAAAUCGAGAACAUGGGGCAAAUCACGCGCUUCCAAAGCGCUACAAUCGACGACAUAAAAUUUUCCAAUGCGAAACUUGUGGAAAAAUCUUCCUCACUGAUUCCCUUUUAAAGCAGCACGACUUAUUUGUACACAAGAAAUUGCCAGCUGCCAGUUGCAAGUUAUGCGGCAAAACGUUUGUUACUAAAGCUAAUUUGGAGAAGCACUACAUUGUGCACUCCAACGAGCGGCCGUACAAAUGUGAUAAAUGCGAGGCCUCUUUCAAAACCUCAACGGCCCUAACUAAGCACUCUCUACUGCAUGAAAAUGUUCUCCCGUACGAAUGUCGGCACUGCGAGGAACGUUUCCUUACCCAAGCCCUAUAUGCUAAACAUCGGCAGCUUAAUCACAAAAAUCAACCAAAAGUUCCUCGAUCUAUUCCGUGCGGUAUUUGUAAUGAAGUUUUCUCUCGUUCUGCUGAUAUCAAAAAUCACAUAGCUGAAGCUCAUCCGGAUCAAGAGUAUCCGUACUUCACCUGCCCAGAGUGUCCGCAGAGGUUCCUCGAACGUGACCAACUGGAACUGCAUGCCAACAUACAUACCGAUCGAUUCGUGUGCGAAGAGUGCGACAAGCCACAUUGUUCUGUUGCCCAACUGAAAGAUCACAUGGAAUCACAUAACCCAUCACAACCCUGGCAAUGUACCAUUUGUUUGAGGAGAUUUAGCUUGCAGUCCAAUUACUCACGCCACAGGCUUAUCCAUCAGGAUGAAAAGCGCUUCAAGUGUGACUUCUGUGACAAAGGAUUCUCUCAGAAGGGACAAUUGAUGAAUCAUAGAAGAACCCACACCGGAGAGCGUCCCUUCACAUGUCCAGGAUGUGGCAAAAGUUUUGGGGAUCGACCUACGUUCUACAAGCACCGGAAGCGUUGCAUGGAAAAAGAAUCACCACCGAGCAAACGUUCGAUAUCGGCUGCAAACGAUGGAGACGAUAGCGAGUUUUGAGCAGUGUUUAAU